AACUUAAGGCUCCUGUGAUCGUGAUGCAGCAUCAGCAGCUUUCUCGCAGCUCGUGCUCUUUCGUUCCCAUGAUACCACACGGCUUAAGGUGUCUCUGAUCGUGGUGCUGAAGCUGCGUGUACCAGAGAGAGAGAGAGAGAGAGAGACACGAAAAAAGGGCUGAGCUCAGUUCACGCAUGAGGCAUCCGUGCGUCCCUCCUCCUCUUCAUCCUGCUCUUCCUCCACAGCAUCAUAACGAGAAAAUAGUCCAGGGAAACCGCACGAGUCAGAAGAAAAAGGGAAAAAAAUCUCUGGCUUGUUUUCCCCCUGUUUAAAAUUCCCUUUGUUGUGUCUGGUGACUGUUUAAUCCUCAUUUCUUUGGAUUUUGCUUUUGUUUUGUGCGACCUCGGCGUAUCUCAGUGCACCGCGUCCUUUAUGCACAGCACGCUUCUCCAGCCUGUAAAGCGGAGCCAGGCCGCGGGUGGAGACGGAGGCCUUGGCGGCGGUGGUGGUGGUGGAGGAGGAGGAAGAGGAGGCGCAGGAGGAGGUUGUUGUGCAACUGCUGCUGUUGCUGGAGGAGGAGGCGGUGGACCCGGAGCACGAAACGCGGAGAUGGAAGCCAAAAUCCAAAAGGCGAUCGAUUUCAAGCUGGAGGGUCACCGCUGCUACAAGGAGAAGAAAUUCCGCGAGGCAAUCGGCAAGUACCACCGCGCGCUGCUGCAGCUGAAAGGCGUGCAGGUGGCGGCGGGCGGCGGCGGCGGUGUUGGAGGAGGAGGAGGAGUUGGAGGAGAUGUGGAGCUCCUGAACCGGGCCACCAGCGAACAGCUUUCCGAGGAACAGCGGCGCGCUGUCAGGAGCACCGAGAUCGAGUGCUAUGACAGCCUGACAGCGUGUCUGCUCCAGUCAGAGCUGGUGAAUUACGAAAGAGUGAAGGAGUAUUGCUUGAAAGUCCUUGGACAUCAGCAGGACCAUUUCAAAGCCAUGUACCGUGCCGGCAUCGCCUUCUACCACCUGGGAGACUACGACUGCGCUUUGCGCUACCUCCGUGAUGCCAAGAGCCGUGAACCCACAGACACAAACGUGUUGCGAUACAUCCAGCUGACGGAGAUGAAGAUGAGUAAGAGCGGUCAGCAAAUGCGGGAAAAUAACAAGGAGGCUUUGGGUUAAUUGCUACCCAUUCCUCUGUUCAUUUGGCCAUCCUCUCCACUGACCUCUCCCUCCUUUUCCCGCUGCACCCCUCGUACUAUGGACUAUCAGGACCCCUGUACUGUGCUGUUUAGUGAAGACGAACUGCUUUUUGGCACAGAAGCCCCUUGACUCGCCCUCCCGCUCUGAAUCCUCUCUCUGUCCCUUUAAAACCAAACCGUCCCGGUGCUUUCAGUUUCCCAGGUACUGACUGACAAAUCAAAUAGGGAAGAAAAGAAAACCGUCAAUGCAACAAGAAUCACUGGAAGUCUGUAGGAUAGAAAAAAUCUUUCUAAUCGGGGAGGUGAAAGAGCAGUGAAGUGUAGCUAUAGAGAGGUGGAGGUGUGUUACUGUGUGGCUACCAUUUUUAACUAUAAAAGAGCACACAUAUCAAAGCCACAGUGCUGCGCCAGAACAAAUGCUAAAUAGGGCCUAGAAUCAAGCGGAUGAUCUUUGAACUCAAGCGCAAUCCAUCGCACACCUCCUUCUUCCUAGCCGUAGGGAGCAGGAGAGAAAAUGCAAUUCCGUCUCGACGGAUACUACUGAUCUCUUUGCCUGCGUUUUUUUAUUUACUCCCGGUUGCGUUUUUUUUUUCUUUCUCUGUAAUUUCUCUUUCUCAAUUUGGCUGUAUCGAAUACUUUUUUAACUGUUUCAAUAUUCAAUUCAAGGGCUAAUUCUGAGGUUCGUAAUUCGUCCUUUUUUAUUUCAAGCACAUUUUUUUUUUCUUUCCGUUCGCUGCCUGUUGUACAAUAGUAGCAUUUGUUUGAGCAAAUUUGAAUUUGUGAUGUUGUGGAUUAUUUUUUUUUUGUCUUUCUCAAAGAAACAAAAAGCAUACCUUGAAGUUAACAGAUGUUUUGUGAACCUGUGUCAUUGCUCUCCUUUAGGUCAUGGCAGAACGUCAGACCACGCCCCCUUUCUUUGAUUGAACCUUGACAGUAUUUCUGAACGUGACAAAUCCUACAGAGUUUUCUAGCCAGCGUUAAAAUACAGACUUGCUCGUAUGCUCCAUGCUUUAUGUAGUCCCAUCUGUACUCCUGUGUGCCAUUUGAUCAGAAAAAGCCACCGAUAAUGUUUUGUCCUGAUUUGUCCACUUUAAUAUAGCUAUUUCUGUAAAUUGGCUUUCUCUAUCACUUCAAAUGUCAAAUUUGAGCAAAGAAAAAAACAUCCUGAAAGAUCGCAGUGGCUUUAGCAAGGCUUUAUAUUUAAUCCAGAUUUGAUCAUUUUCACCGUCCUCACACUUAAAAUUACACAAGCUGAACGCAUCCAUAGAUCAUCUUAAGCUCUGUUUUUUAUUCUCUCUGCAAACAAACUGCUAUUUGCUGUAAAAUCACAAAUAACAUGCGUGUUAAUAUGGAGGAACUUCUUAGUGCCAUCACUCCCAGUUUCCAGUUUGUAUUAGGAACCAGUCAAGACAUUAAUGUGUCUGACCUGAUACAAGAGAUAUAAUGGUGUCAACGUGACUCUAGGGGACGCCGAGCAUGAAUUUAGCCCAGGAUCGAAUUUGUUGAGGUGUAGAGCAUCGAGACUCUGAGAUAUAAAGCUAGGACGUGAUCAGAACGAUUGCUUUCAGCUCGGCACAAAGUGACCCGAGUAACACAACUCUCGCUUGCUUUCCCAACAGCUCCCUGACUCUGCAGCUUUUCUAGAUUUCUCUGUAUCAUGUUUGCCACCCUGAAUUUUUUAUGCCUUUACUUAGUUAUUUAUUUAUUUUUAUUUGCCAAUGAUUCAAUUUUUUAUGUAACGGGCAAAGAUGAUAGCGAUGCAUCAGUGGAGUCUGGGUUAUUAGCUCUGUUAAACGUGUCUCUUCUGUCCCCGUGUGCUGGCUGUCCUUUUGGUAAUGCGGUUUUGACACAGGAUUGUGUGAUUGUUGUCUCCUGACAGCAUCAUAAGCACAAGCUAAGAGGUCGGUCAGACGAAAGUGAAGCAGUUAGCCGUGCUCGUUUUCUUUGAUGUCACUUGAGGUAGGUGUUUGUUGAAUGUUCAAAUAGAUAUGUGUGGUUUAAAGACAGAUGUACAACAAAAAAAAUUAACAAUGGUUGUGGAGAGCUUUACAUUACGAAAAUGUUUUAUCGAUAUAUGAGAAAGAAUAUUAAAAUGAGAAUAUGGAAAAUAUAUAUAUUUAAAGAUCAAAAGGGGGGCAAUUUGUAUUUGUGUAUAUGUUUAAAAAAAAUCUGUUUAUUGCCUUUUUUCUGUGAUGUCAAAUCUUUGGUCUUGUCUAAAUCGCAGUACAAGGGUUUGGGGGUAUGACCUUUGACCUCCCAAGUUGGAAUCUAAUAAUUAAAAGGGUUUGGUUAUAAUAUUAAUAAUAAAGAAGGAAUUGGUUGGAAGGGGUGAGGGUACCCUGCAGACCUGAACACAAUUAAACAACUCAUUGGUCUCUUUUUUUCUUUCAUUCGUCUGUUCUAGAGAGAGCGAUUCUGACCUUCUGUUUGUUCUGGUCCUUAUCACACCGUCUUGCUGGUUCAUGUUUUUUGCCCCCUCAGCUAGAGAGAGUCUCAUAAAAGACCUGAGAACUGGUUACAUUUACCUGCAAGCCCAGGAAUGCACUAUUGAUAUGUAUUUGAAGACAAAUAAACUUUAGAAAAAUA